AGCCCCUGCUGUUGUGCGGGGGCUCUGAGACCGCGGGAAACUACAAAACCCAGCAGGCAACAGGGUCAACUUUCUCACGAAGACUACAUUUCCCAGAAGGCAGUGUGCACCGCAGUGUUUUCUGGGGUGGGAACCACGCCGCUUCCCAGCCUCUCUGCGAGGAGCGAAGCGCGGACCUUUCAACAAGAGCUUCAUUAAUUUUCACGCCGGGACACAGGAAGGCGAUGGAGGUGGCGGCAAAUUGCUCCCUGCGGGUGAAGAGACCGCUGUUGGAUCCCCGCUUCGAGGGUUACAAGCUCUCUCUCGAGCCUCUGCCUUGUUACCAGCUGGAGCUUGACGCAGCUGUGGCAGAAGUAAAACUUCGAGAUGAUCAAUACACACUGGAACACAUGCAUGCUUUUGGAAUGUAUAAUUACCUGCACUGUGAUUCAUGGUAUCAAGACAGUGUCUAUUACAUUGAUAACCUUGGAAGAAUUAUGAAUUUAACAGUGAUGCUGGACACUGCCUUAGGAAAACCACGAGAAGUAUUUCGACUUCCUACAGAUUUGACAGCAUAUGACAAUCGCCUUUGUGCAUGUAUCCAUUUUACAUCAUCUACUUGGGUUACGUUGUCGGAUGGAACUGGAAGAUUAUAUGUCAUUGGAACAGGUGAACGUGGAAAUAGUGCUUCUGAAAAAUGGGAGAUUAUGUUUAAUGAAGAGCUCGGGAAUCCUUUUAUCAUAAUUCACAGUAUCUUAUUGCUACAAGCUGAAGAACAUUCAAUAUCUACCCUACUUCUUCGAAUAGAGAAAGAGGAAUCAGAUAUGAAAGGAAGUGGUUUCUAUGUUUCUUUGGAGUGGGUCACUAUCAGUAAGAAAAACAAAGAUAAUCAAAAAUAUGAAAUUAUUAAGCGUGAUGUUCUCCAUGGAAAGUCAGUGCCAAAUUAUGCUGCUAUUGAACCUGAUGGAAAUGGUCUAAUGAUUGUCUCCUACAAGUCUUUCAAAUUUAUUCAGGCUAGUCCAGAUCUUGAAGAAAAUAUGAAUAAAGACAUGUCAGAGGAAAUCAAAGAACCUCUUUAUUACUGGCAACAGACUGAAGAUGACUUGACGGUAACAAUACAGCUUCCAAAAGACAGUACUAAGGAGGAUAUCCAAGUAUGGUUUUUGCCUGAUCACAUCAGCAUUGUGCUGAGGGAUCACCAGAUUUUAGAAGGAAAGCUCUAUUCAUCUGUUGAUCAUGAAUGCAGUACAUGGAUAAUUAAAGAGAAUAAUAGCUUGGAGAUUUCUUUGAUCAAAAAGAAUGAAGGACUGACAUGGCCAGAGCUAGUAGUUGGUGAUAAACAAGGGGAGCUUAUAAAAGACUCAGCCCAGUGUGCUGCAAUAGCUGAACGUUUGAUGCAUUUGACAUCUGAAGAACUGAAUCCAAAUCCAGAUAAAGAAAAACCUCCUUGUAAUGCACAGGAGUUAGAAGAAUGUGAUAUAUUCUUUGAAGAGAGCUCCAGUUUAUGCAGAUUUGAUGCCAAGACUUUAAAAUCUACUCAUGUGGUGAAUCUUGGAAGCAACCAGUACCUUUUCUCUGUCACAGUGGACCCUAAAGAAAUGCCCUGCUUCUGCUUACGCCAUGAUGUUGACGCCCUGAUCUGGCAGCCACACUCCAGCAAGCAAGAUGAUAUGUGGGAGCACAUCGCAACUUUCAAUGCUUUAGGCUACGUUCAAGCAUCAAAGAGAGACAAAAAAUUUUUUGCCUGUGCUCCAAAUUACUCCUAUGCAGCCCUUUGUGAGUGCCUUCGUCGAGUAUUCAUCUAUCGUCAGCCUGCUCCCGUGCCCACUGUACUUUACAACAGAAAGGAAGGCAGGCAAGUAGGACAGGUUGCUAAGCAGCAAGUAGCAAGCCUAGAAACCAACGAUCCUAUUCUAGGCUUUCAGGCAACAAAUGAGAGAUUAUUUGUUCUCACUACCAAAAACCUCUUUUUAAUAAAAGUAAAUUCAGAGGAUUAAUUAUUCUAACAUUUGACUUCUCUGCACUGGAAAAGUAUUCAAUGGUACCUGGAGGCCUGGCGGUUAUACUCUAAUCUGUUAAGUUUUAAUGUGUUAAAUAAAAAUAUCUGUAUGAUUUUUUUAUUUUUUAAUGAACAUUGGAAAUGUAUUCAAGAGGUUAUGAUUCUUUAUGGAAUGAACCACAGAUUUAGAGAACACUGACUUCUGUAAAAAAUGUAAACAUAGUGUUAGCAAGCAUACUUAUUUUUUAAAAACAGAGGCUAGAAUCUCAUCUUUUAUAUGAAAGAUGUAUAAUUCAGUGGUUAAAAAUAAAAGUAUUUAUCAUGUACUC